AAUACCCACCGCCCUGCAACCCGGUUUACAGCCGCCCACCAAAGGCAGCGACCCCUACGACAACCCAGCCAACAGUGAUCGUUCCCUCGAAAGUGAAGAUUUCUCUGGGGAGUGCCCAGCAGUACCUGGGGAGGACUCGACACCCCCGGGCACCCCUGUAGUUACGCAAAUGCCCACCGCCACGCAACCCGGUUUUCAGCCGUCCACCAAAGGCAGCGACCCCUACGACAACCCAGCCAACAGUGAUCGUUCACUCGAAAGUGAAGAUUUCUCUGGGGGUGCCCAGUAGUACCUGGGGAGGGCUUGACUCCCCCGGGCACCCCUGUAGUUACGCAAAUGCCCACCGCCACGCAACCCGGUUUUCAGCCGUCCACCAAAGGCAGCGACCCCUACGACAACCCAGCCACCAGUGAUCGUUCACUCGAAAGUGAAGAUUUCUCUGGGGAGUGCCCAGCAGUACCUGGGGAGGACUUGACACCCCCGGGCACUGUAGUUACGCAAAUGCCCACCGCCACGCAACCCGGUUUUCAGCCGUCCACCAAAGCCAACGACCCCUACGACAACCCAGGAAACCCUGAAGACACCGGCGAUGUUAAAGGUUCCGACUUUACCGACCAAAAUAACCGUCGGGGUUUCAUUCGAAAAGUCUACUCCAUCCUCAUGGUGCAACUGCUCAUCACCUUUGGCUUCGUGACUGUAUUCUGCUUCCACGUACCCACCGUUAUGUUUCUUUACAGCACUUUCAUCCUGUUCAACAUGCCAGGUCUGUUCAUCAUCGCCCUAGUCGUGAUGCUAGUCAUCAUGAUCAGUUUAGCUUGCUGGGGAGAGUUCAUACGCAAAGCUCCUGCUAACUACGUCAUGCUGUUUAUUUUUACAAUGGCUGGAGGAGUUCUUGUGGGUGUCUUAGCCAGAAUGUAUGCACCAUAUGCUGUUUGGAUGGCAGUUGGUAUCACUGCUGUGGUUUGUUUGGCUUUGACGCUGUUCACCUUACAAACCAAGUGCGAUUUCACCACGAAGAAAGGUAUUCUACUGGUAGCUGUGAUAAUCUUACUGGUUUCUGCUAGUGUAGCGUCCUUAUUACACAGCCUAAUAACACGGAAAACAUAUAAUACUCUGUUAUCUGUGCUAACAGUGAAUUUGGUCUACGCCUCUUUGGGAGCGCUGGUUUUCUCUGUUUAUCUCAUUUACGAUACUCAGUUGAUGAUGGGUGGCAAGCAUAAGUACAGUAUUUCUCCUGAAGAGUACGUCUUCGCUGCUUUGAACCUCUAUUUAGAUAUUAUCUACAUCUUUCCGAAUCUUUUUAAACAAAGUUCGAAAAACAAAAAGAAAACUUAAAGCAGGAUGAAAUACAUUCUAGAGGCCAAUAAAGCUUUUAUUUCUUUUAAACACCCGGUUGGUCGGCGUUCGGAGAUCUUAAUAGAAGAGCGCCACGAAAUUAUACUCUAUGAACUCUGCAUAAAAGAUGAAACUACUAAGUAAACUUCAACGCUAACCUCGAACUGUUGAGUGUAUCUACCAUGAACUUCAAAUAUGCUAUAACUAUUUCAAGUUAAGUGAUUCUGACUUAACUAUGAGACUAGACUGUAUAAAUAAUAUGAAAAUAUGAAAAUUAAAGGUAAAUGUAGUUAAAUAUACAGAUAGUUUUUGUACAAAAAAGGACUAAUUAGAUCUCUCUCAACGAGAUAACAUAUAACAACAGAUAACUCUACACGGACAAGUGGAACUACCAGGAAUAUCUGGACUGUCCGGUGCUGUACGGCUCUGGAACGGCUUCUCAAAUAAGAUUUAUGAAAGAUAACACUCAACCAAUUUUUCUACGCCACGUGGGCGUGGGAAAUUCGAAAACCAGUCAACAAUAUGAACAAAAAUCAGUUGAGCGUUGAUUUAGAAUAGGCAAGAGAAGAUUUACAACAUACCUUAGAACUAUUCAGCCAGUUCUAAACACGAAGCUAUUCGGACGAUGUAACUAUUCAUAAAGUUUCCAACGCAAUCAAGGUUUAUAUACUAUAGAGUUGUUCCGUGUAUCGCCUACUCUCGUGAUGUCACGCUGAAGAGAUUAGGCCUUUUUUCUCGAAGGUAACGGUUUGCAUCAACCGUUUUAUUUUUUUAUGUAUUGGACGUAGUUAAAGUUAAAGUGCGAACUAAAAUAUUAUUUCCGCUCUUAUUGUGAAAUUUUAUAAAGAAUAAAUAUCAUUUGAUUUAUAAAAUUUUUCUAGGUUUUGAUGUAAAAAGUAUAUGUUAUGGUAAUUUUCUGUGACUUG